AUGCCCGCAAAGAAGAUGGUGUACUCCGAAGACGCUCGCAAGUCGCUGCGAAAUGGCAUCGACACCCUGGCCGACUCGGUCAAGAUUACCCUGGGCCCCCGCGGCCGCAACGUGGUGCUGGACAAGAAGUUCGGCCCGCCGCAGGUCUGCUCCGACGGCGUGACCAUCGCCAAGGAAAUCGAGCUUCCCGACGCCUUUGAGAACAUGGGCGCCCAGCUCCUGAAAGAAGCCGCCACCAAGACCAACGACGCCGCCGGUGACGGCACCACCACCAGCAUCGUGCUGUCCCAGGCCAUCAUCCACGAAGGCUUCAAGAACGUCACCGCCGGCGCCAACCCCAUGGCCAUCAAACGCGGCAUUGAGCGCGCCGUCAGCGAAAUCGUAACCGAGCUCCAGUCCAUGUCCCAGCCCGUGGAAACCCGCGAGCGCAUUGGCCAGGUCGCUUCCCUCUCUGCGCACGAAGAUGCAAUCGGGGAGACCAUCGCCGAAUCCAUGGAAAAGGUUGGCAAGGACGGCGUGAUCACCGUGGAAGAGUCCCGCGGUCUUUCCGACGAGAUUGAGUACGUGGAAGGCAUGCAGGUCGACCGCGGCUACAUCUCUCCCUACUUCAUCACCAACAGCGACCGCAUGGAGUCCGCCAUCGACGACCCCUACAUCAUCAUCACUGACAAGAAGAUCUCCGCCGUUGCCGAUUUGGUUCCCACCCUGGAGAAGCUGUUGCAGGCCGGGCAGAAGAACGCGGUCAUCGUCGCCGAGGACGUGGACGGGGAAGCCCUGGCCACGCUGGUGGUCAACAAGCUCCGUGGCAUCAUGAACGUGCUGGCGGUCAAAGCCCCCGGUUUCGGCGACCGCCGCAAGGCCAUGGUCGAAGACAUUGCCAUCCUGACUGGCGGCACCGUCAUCAGCGAAGAGACCGGCCGCCGGCUGGACUCCGCGACCAUCGAGGACUUCGGCCGCGCCCGCCGCGUUUCGUCCACCAAGGACGACACCACGAUCGUGGAAGGCCACGGUUCCGAAGACGGGAUCCAGGCCCGGAUCAACCAGAUCAAGGCCCAGAUCGAAGACACCACCUCCGAGUACGACCGUGAGAAGCUGCAGGAACGCAUGGCCAAGCUGUCCGGCGGCGUUGCCGUCAUCAAGGUCGGCGCCGCCACCGAGAUCGAGCUCAAGGAGCGGAAGGCCCGCGUGGAAGACGCUUUGUCCGCCACGCGUUCCGCGGUUGAAGAAGGCAUCGUGCCCGGCGGCGGAGUUGCCCUGGUUCGCGCCCAGCGCGCCCUGGACAACGUCACCAACCUGACCGGAGACGAGGUGGUCGGCCUCAACAUCAUUCGGCGCUCGCUGGAGCAGCCCCUGAAGGUCAUCGUCGAGAACGCCGGUGGCGAGGGCGCGGUUGUAUUGCACAACGUCCAGGACCAGUCCGACGACUACGGCUACGACGCUGAGCUCGGCGAAUUCGGCCCCAUGCUCGAGCGUGGCAUCAUCGACCCGGUGAAGGUGACCCGGUCUGCUCUGCAGAACGCCGCCUCCGUGGCCGCGAUGGUUUUGACCACCGAGUCCAUGAUCACCGAGAUUCCUGAACCCAUGCCGGCAGGCGCUGGCGCUCCUCCGAUGGACUUCUAA